UUCGUUUGCUCGCGAUGUCUCCUGGGAAAUGUAGUCAGCCCCCAGGACGAGGAAGCCCUAAAUCAGGCUUGUUGAGGGCUCCCGGGAAGAAUCAUGCUAAAGAGGAUGGCGCUGAGGCCCCAGAAUUUCCUUCAGGUUUCUUAGUAAAGAAGUGCCUUAAGGUCCAAGGAACGGUGUUAAGCGCCAAGAACUGCAGGCGGCCCAACUCCUAACUCCGGCAGUUGGUAACCCGGAGCCACAUGGGAGGGGAGUGGCCGAGCGAGAGCAAACCGCCUGCUAGGCUCCUCCGCCCCCUUUCCUUGCGCUGAUUGGCAGCUGCAGGUUUCCCUCUCUGAUUGGCCGAACGAACACAGCGCGUAAUUUAAAACAUUGUAUCAGUAACAAAGGUGCGCCUCAUGGGUGGAGCUGAGCUCUGCGACGGCGAAAGUCCAGGUUCGGCAGCUGGACGUGUGAGUCGGUACCCGAGGAGGAGCGAGUGUCGUGUGUUGGACCUAAGCCGCCCCUGCUGCCAUGUCGCAAGGGAUCCUUUCUCCGCCAGCCGGCUUGCUGUCAGAUGAGGACGUUGUAGUCUCCCCCAUGUUUGAGUCCACGGCUGCAGAUUUAGGGUCUGUGGUACGGAAGGACCUGGUAUCAGACUGCUCUGUCAUCUCCACCUCCCUGGAGGAUAAGCAGCAGCAGGUUCCAUCUGAGGAUAGUACAGAGAAGGUGAAAGUAUACCUGAGGGUCAGGCCCUUGUUACCCUCAGAAUUGGAACGACAGGAAGAUCAGGAUUGUGUCCGUAUCGAGAAUAUGGAGACCCUUGUUCUACAGGCACCCAAGGACUCCUUUGCCCAGAAGAGCAGUGAGCGGGGAAUUGGACAAGCUGCCCAUAGAUUCACCUUUUCCCAGAUCUUUGGGCCAGAAGUGGGACAGGCAUCUUUCUUCAACCUGACCGUGAAGGAGAUGGUAAAGGAUGUACUCAAAGGGCAGAACUGGCUCAUCUAUACAUAUGGAGUCACCAACUCAGGGAAAACCCACACAAUUCAAGGUACCAUCAAGGAUGGAGGGAUCCUACCCCGGUCACUUGCUCUGAUCUUCAAUAGCCUCCAAGGCCAACUUCAUCCAACACCUGAUCUGAAGCCCGUACUCUUCAAUGAGGUGAUCUGGCUAGACAGCAAGCAGAUGCGACAGGAGGAAAUGAAGAAACUGUCUCUGCUAAAUGGAGGCCUCCAAGAGGAGGAGCUGUCCACCUCCUUGAAGAGGAGUGUCUACAUUGAAGGUCGGAUGGGUACCAGCAGCAGCUUUGAUAGCGGUGUUGCUGGACUCUCCUCCAGUCACAUGACCAGCAGUAGCCAGCUGGAUGAAACGAGUCCCCGAUGGGCACAGCCAGACACCAGCCCUGUGAGUGUCCCUGCAGACAUCCGCUUCUCUGUCUGGAUCUCCUUCUUUGAGAUCUACAAUGAGCUGCUUUACGACCUGUUAGAACCACCUAGCCAGCAGCGCAAGAGGCAGACUCUGCGGUUGUGUGAGGAUCAGAAUGGCAACCCCUAUGUGAAAGAUCUCAAUUGGAUUCAUAUUCAGGAUGCUGAAGAGGCCUGGAAACUGCUCAAAGUGGGUCGUAAAAACCAGAGCUUUGCCAGCACCCAUCUGAACCAGAACUCUAGCCGCAGUCACAGCAUCUUCUCAAUACGUAUCCUGCACCUUCAGGGGGAAGGGGAUAUCAUCCCAAAGAUCAGCGAGUUGUCAUUCUGUGAUCUGGCUGGCUCAGAGCGCUGCAAAGAUCAGAAAAGUGGUGAUCGGCUAAAGGAAGCAGGAAACAUUAAUACUUCUCUGCACACCCUGGGCCGUUGUAUUGCUGCUCUGCGCCAAAACCAGCAGAAUCGGUCAAAGCAGAACCUGGUUCCCUUCCGUGACAGCAAGUUGACUCGGGUAUUCCAAGGCUUCUUCACAGGUCGAGGCCGCUCCUGCAUGAUUGUCAAUGUGAAUCCAUGUGCAUCUACCUAUGAUGAGACCCUUCACGUGGCCAAGUUCUCAGCCAUUGCCAGCCAGCUUGUGCAUGCUCCACCUGUGCAACUGGGAUUCCCAUUGCUACAUUCAUUUAUCAAGGAACACAGUCUACGAGCAUCUCCCAACUUAGAGAUGGUAGCUAAGACAGAUCCAGGCCUUGAUGACAUUGAAAAUGAAGUUGACAUCUCCAUUUAUGGCAAGGAGGAGCUCCUGCAGGUGGUGGAAGCCAUGAAAGCAUUGCUUUGUAAAGAAAGGCAGGAAAAGUUGCAGCUGGAGAUGCAGCUCCGUGAUGAAAUUUGCAAUGAGAUGGUGGAACAGAUGCAACAACGGGAACAGUGGUGCAGUGAACAUUUGGACACCCAAAAGGAACUAUUAGAGGAAAUGUAUGAAGAGAAACUAACGAUCCUCAAGGAGUCACUUACAAGCUUUUACCAAGAAGAGCUUCAGGAACGGGAUGAGAAAAUUGAAGAGCUAGAAGCUCUUUUGCAGGAAGCCAGACAGCAGCCAAUAGUCCAUCAACAAUCAGGGUCUGAAUUGUCCCUUCGGCGGUCACAAAGGUUGGCAGCUUCUGCCUCCAGUCAGCAGCUCCAGGAGCUCACAGCUAAACUGGAACAGUGCAGAGCAGAGCUAAACUCCACCACUGAAGAACUACAGAAGUAUCAGAAAAUGUUAGAACCACCCCCCUCAGCCAAGCCCUUUACCAUUGAUGUGGACAAGAAAUUAGAGGAGGGCCAAAAGAAUAUCAGGCUGCUGAGGACAGAGCUUCAGAAACUUGGUGAGUCUCUCCAGUCAGCAGAAAGAGCCUGUUGCCACAGCACUGGGGCAGGAAAACUUCGCCAAGCUUUGACCACUUGUGAUGACAUCUUAAUCAAACAGGAUCAGACCCUGGCUGAGCUACAGAAUAACAUGAUGCUAGUAAAACUGGACCUUCGGAAGAAGGCAGCAUGCAUCGCAGAACAGUAUCAUACUGUACUAAAACUCCAAGGCCAAGCUUCUACCAAAAAGCGCCUUGGCACCAACCAGGAAAACCAGCAACCAAACCAACAGCCCCCAGGGAAGAAACCAUUUCUUCGAAAUUUACUUCCCAGAACACCCACCUGCCAAAGCUCCACAGACUGCAGCCCUUAUGCCCGGAUCCUGCGCUCACGACGCUCCCCUUUACUCAAAUCUGGGCCUUUUGGCAAAAAAUACUAAGGCUGUGGGAAAGGAGAGAGUCAUUGCCCUGAGGCAGGUCAGCUGCUUGAGAAAUAGGUCUCUUUUAGGCUUUACCAAUACCUGGAACUGUAUCCAGAAUGCAAUAUACAGAUACUAGUUAUUUUCCUCCCUUUUGUAUUAUAAUCCCCUAUGUAAUCUCAUACUUUUUUACUUAUAUGCAUAUGCUUUCUCUGCACACAAAAAGUUAUAUUAAAUAAACAUAUUAUUCACAUUU